ACACAAAAGGACAUGAUCGGUCAGACGAGUGAUGAUAACCAUAGCAUCGUGUAAUAGCUCGACUUUUCUGGGUUUUACUUUCUGUUUUUUCCUUUAAUUUUCAAAAUCCAAAAGAACCCAAUUGAUUUCAUCCAUGUUCGAGGUCGACGAAGCCAAGCCACCAACAGUCACAGCUCACCGUACUUUGAGCAGUUGGUUGGUUUUUACCUGAAUCUGCUUCAAUUUGGAUUUUGCAAGUGAUGGAUGAGCUUGAUUCUGGUGAUUUGGUUUCGAUUAAGUGAAUUUGAGGAAAAUCAAUCACAACCUUUGUUGUCUUGUCGGAAAAGAGAGAAGACGAUUGUGUAUAAACGUAGAAUGACCGAUUUUUGGGUCACACGAUUUCACGUUUCAACGGCCGCAUAAUGUUAAACCACACUUUCUGCGGUCAAGAAUCGGUAUGGCGUUGAAAGCAACCGUAUUGGCUCAACUCGCCUCGGUGAGCUCACGUUUCACGAGUACUCGGCCGAUUACGCGCCUACUCGGCCGCGUUUUAGAACUGCAGCCUGCAGUUUAUAUUUAAUAAAUUGAAUUGGACAUGGAUUCAGAAUUUUUGGAUUCGAUCUCAGACAGGGGAGAGAGAGAGCCACGUGUUUGUUUCGACACGCGCCAGCGUGUACGAUGUCAAUGUUACAUUACAUCGGGAGGCAUAACGAACAAGACAACGACAAUGGCGGAGAAGAGCCAAAUCCCCGAUAAUAAUAACAGCGCCACGUCUUCGUCGGGGAAGAAACCUGCGGCGGAGGUCGGAUCCGGUUCGAGCAAUCCGGGUCAGAAGAUGUCGUAUCCAAACCGACCGGAGUCGGUGAAUCCGGAUCAGGCGACGCUGAGGGAGCAGUGGAAGUUCGCAAUAAGGCAGUACAGCAAGUGGUACUCACACGCUUGGGGCACUGCUAUUCUCGCCGGCGGCGUCUUCUUCGGACUCGGUUGGAUCAUCAAAGGCUCCAAUCCUCUUCCUUCACUCCAAUCAAGUUCUAAGCAUCCUAAACGCGAUGAAGACAAAUGAUUCCGCGUCUGCGUUUCGGGAUGUGGGAAAGAAGCAUAAGAUGAGAGAUGGUGCAUCAACAAUGUCACAUCUGUAUGUACAUUUCAAGGAUCAUCGGACGUAAGAAGCAAAGAGAGAGAGAGAGAGCACAAAGCGAUUACGGUUGUAGAGUAGAAACUUUUAAAAAAAAAACUUGAAUAUAAACUUUGUUUUGUAUACAAAUUUGCAAGAAAUUAGUGAAAAUGUUAAUGCUUAA